AUGCCAGACCAACCACUCAUCUCGCGGCACAAGGCGAGGGCAACCCUCGGUUCCGUGCCUUCGGAAAUCCUGCAGCAGAUAUUCUAUUUCAGCACCACCCCGACCUUCUUCCAGCUGAUUCACGUCAACCUGAGAUUCUUCUCACUGGCGUCGCAAAGUCGGGAAGUCAUCCUCUACCAUCUCCGCCACGUCCCCGGCCUGAAGCUAGGGUUGGAGAACCGGUCGAUCCCGACCAGUGAGCUCUUCCUCAUCUUCCGUCAACGCGCCACUUCACAUCUCUAUGGAGUCAAUUUCACGGCGGAUUGUCGGAGCUGGGACCUUCCCAAACAUACGUUGGGGACCAUCGAUGCGCGCGCAUCCUGCCUCGGCGUCGAGAGUGAGUGGGGAAAUAACGUGUGUCUGGUCGUGAAGAACAGCCUCCGAAUCCGAUUGAACUGGCACAACGAGUUACCCGGUGAGAGCAUCGAGUCGCCGUACGCGGAUGGGAGUGCGAAAAUCAUCCAAGCCGUCCAGAAGAGCCAUUACAUCAGUGUGUUGUACGCUUGGACGCCACCGAAAGAGGAUCCCGCCAACGACACGUCCCAUCCCGAGCCGACGACGGUCAAGGCAUCCGUGAAAGAGACUCUCGACAGCCACACAGCCAAGCACCGGUGUACUCGGUCUGAUCGGACUGCCUCAUUGCGGGAAAGAAACCAAUCCAAAGCCUCGUCUUCCUCCUCUCGUGCGCAUUACCAUCUCCUCCAUUAUGACAUGUUCCGGAGUGAUCGACCCGUCUUCUUCCCUAUACCCACCCACAAGUCGAUCAACGACAAUGUUCUGGUCCCCGUCCACCUGGCGGUCAACAACCGGCUCCAGUGCGCCAUUCUGUGGGAUCUCCCAGAUACGUUGACCCCCACGUCAGAUGCCACGGUCUGUUUCUACACGGCCGACCACCUCCCGCGCUACGAGCCGGGCGAAUACAGCGUCUGGGUUCUCUACCCCUAUGACCGGCCCAGCCCCAUCUAUCCGUCCAGGUCCGGCGAGCGGGUCGACCUUGCCCGGGAGACCGCGGACGACGACACUGACAGUGGCGGCAUCACCUACACGGUCACCUCGGUGCGCGAAAAGUUCAACCGCAGCAGCCGCCACGACAGCGGGCAGGAUCUCCGCCUGUUGCAUUUCCCCCUGCGACCGCGCGCCAUUGCAUUUUUCAAAGACGGCCGCCGCCUGUCCCUCUACGCGCCCGGGUCGACGGUGCCGUUCACGACGCUGCUGGCCAACGAACCCGUCCGCACCCGCGUCUUCAGCCCCAUCGUGUCCCCCGUAAGCUAUCCGCCGCCCGGCGACGCGUUCAAGAUGCUGCGCAGACGCGUCCGGCGGGCCACCCACACGGCCAUCGACGGCAACCACUUUUCGCUGGGUUUACCGUUCUUCAGCACCCACGAGACGACCACGUUCCCGCCACCGACGACGGCGGAUUCGGACCUCGUCGCGCCGCCCGACGUCGAGUGCGUCAGCCACAUCCUCUGCGUGGGCACGGCCAAGCUCCCGACAGUCCACAUUCACAGGUGCGGUGGUCUCGUCACCGAGACGGGCCCGCAGGUCCUCACCAUCGUGCAGAUCCGCGAGCGCGUCCUCUACGAUCUCUGCUCCCACUCGAGGUUCAACGACGACCUGCCCGCUCUGCCCCGCCCGCCGCGCCAGUCCCGGAGGAGACGACACUCAAACGUCGUCCACGUCCAGCCCCACGAUAAUCCCCACCCGGACGUCAUCAUGGCCUCGGACGGCAACGGAGUAGAAGAAGACCAUGACGACGACGACGACGAUGACAACGAUAAUAACGAUGACACGGACAACAACUCCGAGGCCGACGCUGAUGAGCCCGGCUUGGACACGGACGCCGACGACACGGACGCCGAUACCUUGCACGGCACAGACCUGCGCGUCGCCGCCAGACUGUGGGGGUGGGCUCCCCAACGCACCACGCUGACAGGGCUGGACACCAUAAACAUAUCGCCCAGAGGGGAGCGCAUUGCCGUCGCACAGUGGGAUCGCGUGCUGGUGUAUGCCUUGGACCCGCGGGCGCUGUGCGAGGAGGCGUGGGACGAGGACAGCGAUAGCGACGACGCCGUCAGCACGGGCACCAGCAGCAGCGAGAGCAGCAGCGAAAGUGAACACGAGGACACCGACUCAAACGUCUUGAAUACAGGAGAGAACGUGGCCGUUGGCGACCACAAUCCCAACCCUCAAAGUGACGACAACAACCACGACGAUGAACCUGCAGAGCCACCACCCGCUACUGAAGAACCUAUUCCGGCGUCUUCGGCUCCGACAAUCCCACCAAAGGCACCCGGAUCCGUCGCCUCUAGCACAUCCACCUCGCUCUCGCUCGCGGACUUACUGAGCUUCUACCCGCACGUGAAGAGCCGCUGGCCUCUUGAACGCACCAUUGAGCUCCGACCGCUCGUGUUGAAGAUGGACGGUGGAGCCGUGGUACGAAAGAUGUGCUGGUCGUUGGGAAAGCCACACCGGGUCGACGAAGAGGCGGCCAGCGAUGUGGGAGACGUAUACACAACAGGCCAAGAUGCACAGGGAUUAGCGAAUGAGAUGGGAGGUGUAGAAAAGGAAAAGGAAAAAGGAAAGGAGAACGAUAAUGAGAAUGUAGCAAUGAACAACACGGCCUCGCUGACUCCACAGCAGGAGAUUGCAGAAGGUGAGAGAUCCGACAAUUCGGGAACGUCAGUAGCUAUAGGAAGUUUUCGUCCACACGAUCGGCCGCAACCCUCUGGAUUACCACAGUACCACGACCAAUCAUCACCGAUAUCAGAUUUGCAGACUCCCACCUGCUCAGAGCACACGUCUACCCAGAUUCAGGAGGCAAUGAUAGCUGUCUCGCAUGAAAUACCCCCAGCACCAUUCUCGCAGUCCAAGUUGAUCGGACAGAUCAAACAUAUUGCUCGUCCUCCCGACUACCCCAGCAUCACAAGCACGAUAGUCCUUGAACCCCCUGAGCCGAAAGCUGCAGAUUCAGCAGAGGUAGACCAAGCCAAAGGCAAGGAAAUUGAGGUAACGGAAGCUUCAGCUGGAGGGAGAAGAGACGAGCCCCCGCAAAAAACAGACCAGGAACGUGGUGUGUCGACCGCUCCAGAGUUGUCUCACUCAGGGGAAUCGGAGCCGCGGCGCAGAAGGAGUCAACGGAGGAGGGUUGCCGAGAAUGAAUUGAUCGUCCUGACUGACAGAGGCUUACAAGUUUGGGAUCUCAGUGUCUGGGGAAGAGGUAGGCGGGUGUAUUGCGAGCUUCCAGACGAUAUUCUGCAUUAG